AUGGUGCCCAAUGAAGGCCAUCAGUUUCUGGGGAUUAUCCGCUUGCUAAAGCAUUUUGGAUGGAUGUGGGUUGGGCUUUUUGCUCCUAAUGAUAACAGUGGAGAAUAUUUCAUCAAGACCCUGGAGCCACUGCUUUCUCAAAAUGGAAUUUGUUCAGCUUUUACACAAAGAGUCACACAACAAAUCCAUCUUGAUAACCUGGAUGAGAUGGGUGAUGUAUCCGUCAAUAUAUAUAUGCCAUUCACAGAUAACAAAGUAACUACAUAUAUUGUCUAUGGAGAAUCUCUGACAAUUUUAGCACUGAGACUUAUUAUAUUUUUGCAAGACCCAAACAAUAAGGAAAACACAGGAUCAAACAAGGUGUGGAUCUUGACAGCCCAGACUGAUUUCAUAGUAACAGGAAUUUGUAGGUUUCUGGAUUUUCAGCUCUUCCAAGGAGCCAUAUCCUUUACAAUUCAUUCACAAAAUCUACAAGUGUUCAGGAAAUUUCUUCAGAGUAUAAACCGUUCCUGGACACAGGCAGACGGUUUCUUCAAAGUCUUCUGGGAGCAAGCAUUUGACUGUAUAUUUCCAAAUCCCAGUGAGCCAAUGGACACCAAUGAAGUGUGUACUGGGGAGGAGAGCCUGGACAGUCUUCCAAGCUCUCUGUUUGAAAUGGAGCUAUCUGGCCAUAGUUACAGUAUCUACAAUGCUGUUUAUGUUGUAGCUCAUACUUUGCAUGCCAUUUUCUUGUCUGGAUCCAAGCACAGAGUAAUGAGGAGCAGUGGAAAAUUAAAACUUCAAGAUCUACAGCCUUGGCAGCUGCAUCAUUUUAUUCCUGGCAUUUCAUUUAACAACUCAGCUGGAGAAACUCUGUCCUUUACUAAUAAGAGAGAAAUGGGAGGUGGAUUUGACAUCACGAACAUGCUUACCUUCCCAAACAAGUCUUUCCUUCGAGUGAAGGUUGGAUGGGUGGAUCCCAGGGCUCCCAGUAGAAAAGAAUUCAUCAUUCAUGAGGACAUGAUUAGAUGGAACAAAGGUUUUAAUGAGGUGCUGCCCAUUUCUGUGUGCAAUGACUACUGCCGCCCUGGUAGUCAGAAGAAGAGGAAAGAAGGGCAAAAAUUUUGUUGCUACGAUUGUACUCUAUGUCCAGAAGGGAAGAUUUCAGACCAGAAUGAUAUGGAUGACUGUGUCAGAUGCCCAGGAGAUCAGUAUCCAAACAAGAAGAAAAAUGGAUGCAUCCCCAAAACAAUAAGCUUUCUUUCUUAUGAGGAACCUUUGGGAAUCUGCCUGGCCUCCCUUGCUCUUUCUUUUUCAAUACUCACAACUUUGGUGAUAGGAACUUUUAUUAAAUACAAAGAUACUCCCAUUGUCAUAGCCAACAAUCGGGAUCUCACCUACGCUCUCCUUAUUGCACUCUUACUCUGCUUCCUCUCAUCAUUUCUGUUCAUCGGACACCCUGGGAAAGUGACCUGCCUUCUUCGCCAACCGACGUUUGGCAUUGUCUUCUCACUGGCCGUUUCAUGUGUGUUGGCAAAGACUAUCACUGUAGUUGUAGCUUUCAUGGCCACUAAGCCAGGGUCUAGCAUGAGGAAGUGGGUAGGGAAACGUCUGGCCUAUGCCAUUGUCCUAUCCUGCUCUCUUACUCAAGCAAGUAUUUGUACUGUGUGGUUGAUGACCUCUCCCCCAUUCCCCCAACUAGACAUGCACUUGGUAACAGAAGAAACCAUUGUGCAGUGCAAUGAAGGCUCAGUGAUUAUGUUUUAUUGUGUCCUGGGCUACAUGGGCCUCCUGGCCAUUGCCAGCUUCAUUGUGGCAUUUGCAGCUCGCAGAUUACCUGACAGUUUUAAUGAAGCCAAGUUCAUUACCUUCAGCAUGUUGCUGUUCUGCAGUGUUUGGCUCUCUUUUAUCCCAACAUACCUGAGCACCAAAGGGAAAUCCAUGGUGGUGGUGGAGAUCUUCUCCAUCUUGUCCUCCAGUGCUGGAUUGUUGGGCUGCAUCUUUGCCCCUAAAUGCUAUAUCAUUUUGCUGAAGCCUGAGCUGAACAAUAGGGAGCAAAUAAUGAGAAAGAAUUGA